GUCGAGUAUGUCCGAGAACCGAGAACUGCACACUGCACAGACCCCUCCUGCCUGCCUCCUGCCAUCCAUCAUGUUCGCCACCGACACUGAAUACCCGCCGGUACACAACAAAAAUACAUCAGCCCAGUUAGUCUAGUCUCUUGGCGUUGAAUGCCUCCAAGAGCUCACAAAUCUCAAUUUACAUCACCAACAACCAACAAAAGUCAACAUGAUCCCGACUGCUAACUCCCCCUCUGCUGUUAACGACAAGCGCAAGCGCUUGUUGCUCCGAAAAGAAGCCAUGUUUCGUCGUGCCAACUCUCUGGACUCUUUGUGCUCUAUGUGGGGAUGUGAACAAUCCUCCCCACCAUCAUCUCCCACAACACGAAGAUCUACUCGCCGCAAACCGGCGCGUAUCUCUCGAGUUGUCAGCGAAUCUGAUGCCACACCUUUGCUGUCAGAGCAACAACAACGAUGGGAAACCGCUCAGCCCAACACUGACCAGGCCCCACGCAUCAAGAAAGCCGACAGACCUCCCACAUCUCCCAAUAGAAGCUCCCGCACCAAACGCAGCCGCAGCAAGGCAGCUUCACUCUCUCCUCCUCCCCGACCGUGCAAUAGUCAAACCAGAGAGAAUGCCCACCAACGUCCCCGUCCCAAGUAUUGCCGUUGGAACAGCGACAAGUCUUUCGACAAGAAGGAUUCCAUGCCCAGAUCGACCUCCCGACCCAGGCAACUCAGUCCAGCUAGGUCUUCGCCAGCGGCGGCAAGAUUGACACUCAGCCCUCCCCGAAAGCCCCUCCGACAAAUCUCGGAUGCACUGUAAGCAAAUAGACAAUUUUUACUCUUCCC